AGCGUUGCUUUUUCUCCAGUUUCCGUUUUCCGUUGAUUGUUGUCUUUGGCGCUUUUGCAAUAAGCUGUUACAAAGAUUGUUUUGAUGCAAAUUUUGAGGUUGUAGUAACUAGUAAGUUUCUAUAUAUUAUUUUCUGUUUGCUUAUGUCUUCACUUAAGUGUUCUAAAUACAUAGCGUUAAUAUAAAAUCGAUGUUAAACGGUUUCAAAAUUCGACACAAUAGUUCGUCAUGAAUAAUGAACAUUCACCGACCAAAAAGGCGAAGAGGCCGAGAAAGGAUAAGGGUGAAGAAGAGUCACCAAGGAAAAAGCUCAAAGGAGAUGAUCCAAAGCAUCAUGUCGAGAAUCAUGUCGAUAAAGAGCCGGUGGUAUCAGACGUGACUUGGACGGACGAGGAAAGAAAGAAGUUGCUAUCAAGGAUGGAAGCCCAACUGCCCGCAGCUGAUUCGUCCAUGUAUAAAACAAGCCUGGCAGCUGUCAAUUGGGACAGUGUGAAAUUUGACCAUUAUACAAGUGAGCAAUGUCGUCAUGAGUUUUCAACUAUUCUGAGCAACAUCAGAAAAUUCCGGACUCUGUCAGAAAUAAUGGCGGAUGCCGUCAAAUGGGUCGAUGCCCCCAAGAAAAAGACUGCCCACCCGGAUAAGCCAAGCAAACCAAUGACGUCAUACAUCAUAUUUUAUGCCGAGAAAAGGGCGAAGCUUGCAAAAAAGUACCCCGACAUGAAAUGUACGGAGCUAGCACAAAAAAUAGCGGACAAAUUCAAGCAAUUGCCACCGGAAAAGAAACAGAAAUAUAUUGACAAGUAUGAAAGGCAGAAGGAGGAGUUCCAGGAGAAACUGAAGAAAUUCUAUGAACUGCACCCAGACCAGAUACCAGUUGAAGUCCACAAGAAGAAGCUCAACCCAGCCGGUUUGACCAAGCCUCAACCACCUUUUAAGCUCUACUGCGAUGAAAGACUGAAAAAACACGAACAAGACGAGAACUUUGACCAGAAAGCGUUUCUAGUCAAAUGCAAAGCAAAAUGGCAGAAUAUGAGUGAAAGGAAGAAAUUCGUAUGGAUAAAAUACACCGUAGAAAAGGAGAACGAAUAUAUGGCAAAAAUGAGAGCUUUCCAAGCGACAAACCCUGAGCAGUGCACAUUAAAUGAUUUCAAGUCAGUUUUGUUGAAAGAAGAGAAGAACAUCUACGAUAGAGCUUGUGGCAAGCCGGUGAAACCGCCCAACUCGGCCUAUCAGCUGUUCUGCAGCGAACACCUGAAAGGAUGCUCAGACGGCAGUCAGAAGCAGAAGAUGAAGGAAUGCUCCGAGAAGUGGAAGUCGAUGACCAGCCUACACAAGUCAGAGUUUAACGACCGGCUCAAGAAGUUGCAGGCAGAGUACGAGUCGGCGUACGCGGAAUACCUGAAGUCUCUGCCGGAGGACAAGCGGCUUGCCGAACUGGAGGCCCACAGCUCCAAGAUCAAGAAGAAGGUGGCCAAAACUAAUCACAAGGCAGAGACCAUGUGCACUGCGCUCGAGAACUUCAUACAACGAUCCGAGAAAAAGCCAGAAACGUCGACAGCGGAGAUGUUCGCAAAUGAGCCGGCAGUGCCUCCCAAGACUGCCACGGAGUACUUCGUGAAGAAGUACUUGAGUGAGAAACAUGGGGAGCCAAUCAGCAAACAGCAGGCAAAGGGGGCGUGGCAAGCCUUGUCCGACAAAAAGAGACUGAAGUACGAGAAAGAGCUCACUCUGCUCAAAGCUAAAUACAUCCACGAUUACGAGGCUUUUCUCAAGGGUAUGGACAAGCAACAACUUGAAAAGUUCUCAGAAUUGACACAGAAGAGGAAGCAGCAAAAAGCCAGCAGCAGUGAAGACAGUGAAGACUCAGAGGACAGUGAUGAUUCAGAGGAAGAGGAGGAGGAAGAAGAAGAAGAAGGAGACGAAGAAGGCUCAAAAAAAUCCGAAGAACCACCGAAAGUCGAUGAUUCAACAACGUCUGAUAGUAGCAGCAGCAGCGAUUGAGGUUUUCUCAUCAACUAGUCAAUUGUUCAAUUGAUUGAAAGAGACAAUGAAUUUGCAAGCUGCGCUGCUUACAACAUAAAUUAUGAUGAGAAUUCACAUACCAGCACAUAACAUAAAACGUUUGGAUUGCUGGAACAUGAUUGGAUUCUACAAAUCUACCUCUGCAUCAGGGUAGGUCCUUAUCUUACCUUAACAUCAACAAACUUGACCUACAUUAAUUAUUAUAAAUACUAUAAUAUGUAAGAUUGAUAAAACCCUUAUCACUCAGGUAAAGUGCGAAUAUUUUGUGUAUCUUGAUUUUUGUUUGAGCAAACGAAUUUUGGUUGUUAUUUAUUGUUUAAGUUUUUUCAGUUAUAGUUUGACUUCUUGUGAGACCUUACGAUAUUGAACUCGUAAUAAAUUUGGAUUCCGGAUAAAAUGAGAAAUAAAUUCCGGAAUAAAUCUGGAUAAGUUGUAAUAAAUCUGGAUUCCGGAUAAAAUGAGGAAUAAAUUCCGGAAUUAAUCUGGAUAAGUUGUAAUAAGUUUGGAUUCCGGAUAAAAUGAGGAAUAAAUUCCGGAAUUAAUCUAGAUAAGUUGUAAUAAAUCUGGAUUCCGGAUAAAAUUAGGAAUAAAUUUGGAUAAGUUGUAAUAAAUCUGGAUUCUCACAUAUCAGUUUUGAGUGAAAGUUACCGGUACAGUGAGAAUAUUAUUCCCAUAUGUAAUUAAAGUGUAGAAAACUGACAACAUCUAUGUGUUUUUAUUUCAUCAUUCCCAUAUGUAUUAAUGGGACUAUGCAUACUCGUUCGGCCGUGCUGAGUGUGAAUAGUUUGAUUGAAAAUCAUGUAAAUUAUUUUUUCACAGUGACAGUCACGUCAACUGUAAUAUUGGUAUGUGGAAUCCAGAUUUAAUCGUUAGUGUUCGUUUAAUAACGCCGAAUAGAGGUUACAGCCCUACCUAGCAAUGUUCACUUACUUCUAAUUUUAAAAAUAAUACUGAUUUAAAAAUAAAAUCAAGUAAUAUAA